UAUGCCUUCUCCGUCUUCGCCAUCGACGUCGACGGCGACGGCGACGUCGACGCGCUGUCGGCGUCCUCCGACACGGUCGCGUGGUACGAGAACGAUGGGUCCCAGUCCUUCAUCAAUCGCGUCAUCACCGCCUCGGCGGACCAAGCCACCUCCAUCUUCGCGAUCGACGUCGACGGCGACGGCGACGUCGACGCGCUGUCGGCGUCCUCCAACGACGACACGGUCGCGUGGUACGAGAACGACACGGGCGAGGACGACGAACCCCCCGUCUUCGCCGAGCACAUCAUCACGACGCUCGCGGACGCCGCCUUCUCCGUCUUCGCCAUCGACGUCGACGUCGACGGCGACGUCGACGCGCUGUCGGCGUCCUUCUACGACGACACGGUCGCGUGGCACGAGAACGACGGGUCCCAGUCCUUCACCGAGCGCGUCAUCACGACGCUGGCGGUUCAACUUCGUGCCGUCUUUGCGAUCGACGUCGACGGCGACGGCGACGUCGACGCGCUGUCGGCGUCCUACUACGACGACACGGUCGCGUGGUACGAGAACGACGGUUCCGAGUCCUUCACCGAGCGCGUCAUCAUCGACUCGGCGGGUGGCCCGCGCUCCGUCUAUGCGAUCGACGUCGACGGCGACGGCGACGUCGACGCGCUGUCGGCGUCCGCCAACGACGAUACGGUCGCGUGGUACGAGAACGACUGCAGCACGCACGCGCCGACGCACGCCCCGACGCCGCGGCCCACAACCCGUUGCGCGAGCGUCGCGUUCUCCGAGCGCGUGCUCACGGCGGGCGCGAGCGGCGCCAUCGCCGUCUUCGCCGUCGACGUCGACGGCGACGGCGACGUCGACGCGCUGGCGGCGGCUCGCUUUACGUCCACGGUCUCGUUCUUCGAGAACGACGGGUCCGAGUCCUUCGUGGAGCGCGUCGUCACGGACACGGCGGAAGGCGCCUGGUCCGUCUUCGCGGUCGACGUCGACGGCGACGGCGACGUGGACGUGCUCUUGGCGUCCUGGAAUGACAACACGGUCGCCUGGUACGAGAACAUCGGCUCGCACGGCUUCACGGAGCGACUCAUCACGACGCUCGCGGACGCCGCCACUUCCGUCCGCGCGAUCGACGUCGACGGCGACGGCGACGUCGACGUCCUGUCGGGGUCCUACGAAGACGACACGGUCGCGUGGUACGAGAACGACGGAUCGCAGUCCUUCACCGAGCGCGUCGUCACAACGCUGGCGGAGCACGCGUUUGACGUCUACGCGGCCGACGUCGACGGCGACGGCGACGUCGACCUCCUGUCGGCGGCGUCCGCCCGGAACUCGGUCUUCUGGUACGAGAACGACGAGGCCUCGUUUACGACGCACACGAUCACGGACGCCGCGUGGACCGUCUACUCCGUCGUCGCCGUCGACGUCGACGGCGACGGCGACAUUGACGCCGUCGCCGCGUCCUACCACGACGACACGGUCGCAUGGCACGAGAACGACGGAUCCCAGUCCUUCACGGAGCGGCUCAUCACGACGGGGGCGAAGCAGGCCGUCUACGCCUGCGCGAUCGACGUCGACGGCGACGGCGACGUCGACGUCCUCGCGGCGUCGAUGUCGGACGACACCGUCGCGUGGUACGAGAACGACGGCGCGCUGUCCUUCGAGGAGCGCGUGAUCACGACGCGGGCGGACGGCGCCUACGCUCUCUUCGCGAUCGACAUCGACGGCGACGGCGACGUGGACCUGCUGUCGGCCGCGUACAACGCGUACACGGUCGCGUGGUACGAGAACGACUGCGGCACGGCCGCGCCGACGGCCGCGCCGACGGCGACGCCGCUGCCGACGCACGUGUCCCACUCGAGGCUGGUCGCGCACUACGCCUUCGACGACGGCACGGCCGCCGAGGAGCGCGACAGCAGCCUCGACGGCAUCAUCUACGGCGCGACGGCGACGGCGGGCCCCGACGGGAGCGGCGCGCUGGCCUUCGACGGCGUCGACGACUACGUCGAGUUCCCGGCGGAGGUGACGGCGGACAUCCUCGGAGGCGCCGCGAGGACCGUGUGCCUGUGGGCCGGGGCCGUCGCGUGCCCGUGCGACGGCGGCUUCUUCUCCUACGGGUCGCGACUCAACAACCAGCAAUUCGGCCUCCGGCCGCUCUCGGACUCGCUCACGACGUUCCGCAUCCAAUUCUACGGCUCGAACGACGUCGACGCGGACAUCCCCGCGGCGGAGGACGGCGGCUGGCACCACUACUGCCUCGCGUUCGACGGCGCGUCCGUCGCGCUCUACUUCGACGGCCGCCUCGCGACCGCGGCGGAGGACGUCACGUAUCUGAACACGGACGCCGACGAGCUGCUCCGGCUCGGGUACUGGUCCGACUACUACCUCAUCGGCGCCAUCGACGAGGGCGCGGCCUACGCGGUCUUCGGCGCGCGCCUCCUCGAGCGCCUCGACCGCAUGACGGGCUCCAAGGCCGACGCGCGCGUGGACCGGUUCCGCCGGCGCGUGCGCCGCCUGCUGCUCUGCGCGGGCGCGGGGAGCCUCGCCGUCGCGGCCUGCGCCGCGCUCUCGGCCGCGCUGCCGCCGACGCCCGCGACGUGCUUCGCCGUCGCGGCCGUCGGCCGGCGCGCCGUCGAGGCGCUCCUCGCCGUCGCGGCGUCGGCGUUCGGCCUCCGCGCGUCGGCGGCGGUCGCCGCGGGGCCCUACUUCCCGCUCCUGCGCGGGCUCGCGCGCCGCGGCCCGUCGCUGCGCUCGUUCUUCUUCGGCCGCGGCCCGUCGUGGUCCCGGUCCUCGUCGGCGGAGGGGAGCGUCGAGCUCGGCGACGUCUACGGCGACAAGGUCGCCGCGCGGACCGUCUUCUCGCCCAUGGGCCGCGACGUCCUGCUCUGGCGGAGCCGGUCGAGCCGGGCGUCGUCGUCGGCAUCGUCGCCGCGCGUCGCCGCGCGGGUCGACGCGCCGCCGCCGCCGGAGGCCGCGCGGCGCCGGUCGACGGGCGACGGGCCGGCCGGCGCCACGGCGCUCCCGGGACCCGCGCGGCGCUCGUCGUCCGUGGUGUAA